GAAAAGAAACCGCCCAUUACACACCCCAGUACACCAGCAGAGGAAACUUAUAACCUCGGGAGGCAGGUCCUUCCCCUCAGUGCGGUCGCAUACUUCCAGAAGAGCGGACCAGGGCUGCUGCCAGCACCUGCCACUCAGAGCGCCUCUGUCGCUGGGACCCUUCAGCCCUUCCCCCUUUUAAGAAGAGGAUGUUUGUAAAUUAGAAGCAACAGGAACAAGAAAGUCAUUUGAAGAGCCCGAGGAGGAUUAAACAUAGAACUCUCUUUGCUCACGAGUUACCAAAAAAAAAAGAGCCAAGAUGUUGGUAUUGUUGGCUGGUAUCUUUGUGGUCCACAUCGCUACUGUUAUUAUGCUAUUUGUUAGCACCAUUGCCAAUGUCUGGUUGGCUUCCAGUACGGCAGAUGCAUCAGUAGGUCUUUGGAAAAACUGUACCAACGGUAGCUGCAGUGACAGCCUGUCAUAUGCCAGUGAAGAUGCCCUCAAGACAGUGCAGGCCUUCAUGAUUCUCUCUAUCAUCUUCUGUGUCAUUGCCCUCCUGGUCUUCGUGUUCCAGCUCUUCACCAUGGAGAAGGGAAACCGGUUCUUCCUCUCAGGGGCCACCACACUGGUGUGCUGUGAGUAUCUCAUGGGUAGACUCCAGUUUACACUUUUAAGUCCAUCUUACCAUGGGUGUUUCUGGCAACUUGAACAGAUUAGCACAUGGUUCAGUGAAACUUCCUUGUGCAAUUUUCUCCUCUGGUUAUUUGUUCUCUUGUGGAGAACCUUGAAUUGCUGCUUAGGUUGAGAACCCUCAUCUGCUUCAUUGUUCAAAACCAGUGCUCCUGGGUAGCUACCAAGUGGCAGUGCAUAUCUGUUAGUAGCACGUGUGUACAAGACACUUCAAGAAGGCAGAAAGGUAGGAGUUCUCAGAAAGAUGAAACCACUGCCACAAUGCACAUCAUUAUUGUGAUUCUCAUUUAAUUGUUGUUCUUUCCCAAUAUACUCGGUUUGGUGGAAGGACAUGCUCUUUUGCAUCCCUGAGUAGCUUUCCUAGACCCACAAGGGCCAGACAGGACAGCUGGAUGGUAGGCAUGAGGUUCUGUGUUUUACAUCACACUGUGGCCACACAAACCAGUGCAGACAUGAGAGCUCAGACACCUCUAAUUUAUCAACAUACCGUCGAGCUUGGCCCAGGGGACAUCCAUCAGAACUCCUGUUUAGAGACAAACAAGCAGAGUUCAUUUUCCUAUUGCUAAUGAGGGAAAUAGGAUCUUCUUAAAAUUAGUAAAACUUUUUCUCGACUUUAAUGUAAGAAAACACACCGCCAAAUCUCCUUUUCCCCUGCAGGGCUGUGCAUUCUUGUGGGGGUGUCCAUCUACACUAGUCGUUAUGCGAAUCAUGAUGGAACGCUGUAUCACCACGGGUAUUCCUACAUCCUGGCCUGGAUCUGCUUCUGCUUCAGCUUCAUCAUCGGCGUUCUCUAUCUGGUCCUGAGAAAGAAAUAAGGCCGGACGAGUUCAUGGGGAUCUGGGGGGUGGGGAGGAGGAAGCCGUUGAAUCUGGGAGGGAAGUGGAGGUUGCUGUACAGGAAAAACCGAGAUAGGGGAGGGGGGAGGGGGAAGCAAAGGGGGGAGGUCAAAUCCCAAACCAUUACUGAGGGGAUUCUCUACUGCCAAGCCCCUGCCCUGGGGAGAAAGUAGUUGGCUAGUACUUUGAUGCUCCCUUGAUGGGGUCCAGAGAGCCUCCCUGCAGCCACCAGACUUGGCCUCCAGCUGUUCUCAGUGACACACACUGUCUGGGGCCCCAUCAGCUGCCACAACACCAGCCCCACUUCUGGGUCAUGCACUGAGGUCCACAGACCUACUGCACUGAGUUAAAAUAGCGGUACAAGUUCUGGCAAGAGCAGAUACUGUCUUUGUGCUGAAUACGCUAAGCCUGGAAGCCAUCCUGCCCUUCUGACCCAAAGCAAAACAUCACAUUCCAGUCUGAAGUGCCUACUGGGGGGCUUUGGCCUGUGAACCAUUGUCCCUCUUUGGAACAGAUAUUUAGCUCUGUGGAAUUCAGUGACAAAAUGGGAGGAGGAGAGAGAGUUUGUAAGGUCAUGCUGGUGGGUUAGGUAAACCAAGAAGGAGACCUUUUCACAAUGGAAAACCUGGGGGAUGGUCAGAGCCCAGUCCAGACCUCACACACGGCUGUCCCUCAUGGAGACCUCAUGCCAUGGUCUUUGCUAGGCCUCUCGCUGAAAGCCAAGGCAGCUCUUCUGGAGUUUCUCUAAAGUCACUAGUGAACAAUUCGGUGGUAAAAGUACCACACAAACUAUGGGAUCCAAGGGGCAGUCUUGCAACAGUGCCAUGUUAGGGUUAUGUUUUUAGGAUUCCCCUCAGUGCAGUCAGUGUUUCUUUUAAGUAUACAACAGGAGAGAGAUGGACAUGGCUCAUUGUAGCACAAUCCUAUUACUCUUCCUCUAACAUUUUUGAGGAAGUUUUGUCUAAUUAUCAAUAUUGAGGAUCAGGGCUCCUAGGCUCAGUGGUAGCUCUGGCUUAGACACCAUCUGGAGUGAUCACCUCUUGGGGACCCUGCCUAUCCCACUUCACGGGUGAGGCAUGGCAAUUCUGGAAGCUGAUUAAAACACACAUAAACCAAAACCAAACAACAGGCCCUUGGGUGAAAGGUGCUAUAUAAUUGUGAAGUAUUAAGCAUACCAUAUUUCAGCCAUGAUAAGAACAGAGUGCCUGCAUUCCCAGGAAAAUAAGAACAUCCCAUGAGAUAAAUAAAAAUAUAGGUGAUGGGAAGAUCUUUUCUUUAAAAUAAAAAAGCAAAAACUCUUGUGGUACCUAGUCAGAUGGUAGACGAGCUGUCUGCUGCCGCAGGAGCACCUCUAUACAGGACUUAGAAGUAGUAUGUUAUUCCUGGUUAAGCAGGCAUUGCUUUGCCCUGGAGCAGCUAUUUUAAGCCAUCUCAGAUUCUGUCUAAAGGGGUUUUUUUGGGAAGACGUUUUCUUUAUCGCCCUGAGAAGAUCUACCCCAGGGAGAAUCUGAGACAUCUUGCCUACUUUUCUUUAUUAGCUUUCUCCUCAUCCAUUUCUUUUAUACCUUUCCUUUUUGGGGAGUUGUUAUGCCAUGAUUUCUGGUAUUUAUGUAAAAGGAUUAUUACUAAUUCUAUUUCUCUAUGUUUAUUCUAGUUAAGGAAAUGUUGAGGGCAAGCCACCAAAUUACCUAGGCUGAGGUUAGAGAGAUUGGCCAGCAAAAACUGUGGGAAGAUGAACUUUGUCAUUAUGAUUUCAUUAUCACAUGAUUAUAGAAGGCUGUCUUAGUGCAGAAACAUACUUACAUAUCAGACAUAUCCAAAGGGAAUACUCACAUUUUGUUAAGAAGUUGAACUAUGACUGGAGUAAACCAUGUAUUCCCUUAUCUUUUACUUUUUUUCUGUGACAUUUAUGUCUCAUGUAAUUUGCAUUACUCUGGUGGAUUGUUCUAGUACUGUAUUGGGCUUCUUCGUUAAUAGAUUAUUUCAUAUACUAUAAUUGUAAAUAUUUUGAUACAAAUGUUUAUAACUCUAGGGAUAUAAAAACAGAUUCUGAUUCC